UGGUAACUACAGUCCCACUGUCAAGCCAGGCCCAGGUUAGUGUGCAGCAGCCUGUUUCAGUGGCAAUGCAACCGCUGCAACAAGCCCCUGGGCCCAUGCAGUCUAUGCAGUGGAUGCCCAAGAUACUUCUAAUGAGUCCCAAGCCUUUCUCUGGAGAUAGAAAGAAGGAGGAGGACUUGGACACUUGGGUGAGGACUGUGCCUACUUAUGUGAGGUACAAGCUCACAAGGCCAGAGCAAGAAGUUGUUGUGGCUGCCUCUUUUCUAGAAGGGCCAGCAGCACGCUGGUUGAAUGGUCUAGUGCAGCAGCAGGGCUACAGUCAGGAUUUCGAUGCCUGGGCUCAGGCUCAGACAUUGGAACAGUUCGUACGGUCUGUCUACGACAGGUGGCAUGCCCCGCAAGGGGCUCAAAAGGCCACCGAUGCUAUCAACAACCUUUGUUCCCGCAGGUUCAAGGAUGUUAGAGAGCUUACAGACACCGUAAAAUGCCUUCUCGUGGUACCUGGUGUGCGUUUUGACCAGCAGGUUCUCCUGACGGAUUACCUAAGGUGCCUACUGGCAGAGGUAAGGACCAAGCUGGUUGACGAGGCCUAUGUCGAACAUCACACCUUCGCUUCUUUUAGUAAGAAAGCUCUGGACAUAGAGGCCAAGCUGGGAUCUGCGCAUAAGGUAUCCCACGAUGGUAGGAAGAGACUGCCCCAAGAUUGCAAGAAGAAGGGUCAGUUAAUGUUCGUGGACCAUGAUGGUCAAACGACGGAGAUUGACGAUUUCCCAGACCUUGGGGAGUUGACAGAGCAGGAUGGCGCCAACGAGACUUCGGAUGGGGGAGUCGUGGCGCCCAUCAAAGAAAAGGCUAGGGGGACCGGGAAGAAGAAGGUAGGACGGUCCACGGGUCAGGGAGACCAAGGGACACCCGCAUGGGUAAAGCUUGGUUUGGAUUACGAGGUGUGGCGUGACCACGUUGCUAGGGGUACAUGCAUGAACUGUGGCAACUAUGGCCACACGUCCAGGAUUUGCCACGGCAAGAAGGUCACAACGCAGUUAGCCUCACCAACGGUGGUGGGCUUAUCCUCGAACCCUGGGAGUGCUUCUGCGAGCAGCUCAUAGGGAAACACCUUGGGCCAGUAGGAGUGUUAGCCGCUCUUACUCGCGCUGAAGUGGUAACGUUGCCUUCCCCACUUCAGGCGUUGGCCAAGGCUAGUGACCCACGUAUCGC